AUGUCGGGCGAGGCGUGGUUAUUCCUCCUCGCAGUGCUGCUCAAUGCCGUCAAUCUGUUCCUCCAGGUCUUCUUCACCAUCAUGUACUCCGAUCUGGAAUGCGACUACAUCAAUCCUAUCGACCUUUGCAACCGCCUGAACACCUACAUUGUGCCCGAAGCCGGCGUCCACGCCUUCCUGACAAUACUGUUCCUGAUCAAUGGCUACUGGCUGCCGUUGCUCCUGAAUCUGCCAUUGAUUGCGUGGAACGGAAAGAAGAUCUACGAGAACCAGCACUUGCUGGACGCGACUGAGAUCUUCAGGAAGCUCAACGUGCACAAGAAGGAGUCGUUUGGCAAGCUCGCCUUCCAUCUGAUCAUGUUCUUUUUCUACCUCUACUCCAUGAUUGUCGCUCUAAUCCGGGACGAAAGUGGGUAG